CAUGGUUAAGGACUUAUUGAAAAAAGGGAAACUUGUUUUAGGAUGUUUCUUUUAUUCGGGAGGGAUUAAAACUUGUAAAAUCAGGGAACUGUAUGAAACAGCAAUAAAAAAAGUCAAGGACACGGGACACAGAGUUAUGUUUACAGUUUGUGAUCAAGAGGGAGUGCAUUGUUCCUUGUUCCAGACUCUUGGCAUGACAACUGAAAAUCCUUCCUUUACAGUCGAUGGUGAGAAGGUUCACUUAUUUUUUGAUUCUCCACAUCUUUUGAAAAGCCUGAGGAACACACUUCUCAAAUAUGAUAUUAAAAUUGGAGAAAAUAAAAUUUCAUGGGAUCACAUAAAAAAGUUUUUUGAAAAAGAUCAGCAACAAAGUAUUAGACUUGCUCCUAAAUUGAGCAGCAAACAUAUGUGUGGUGAAGGCUUUUCAAAAAUGUGUGUCAAUCUUGCUGCCCAAGUGAUGAGUCAUACUGUGGCAGCAGGAAUUUUCGUUCAUUCAACAUCAGGAAUGCUACCACAGAAAGCCAUCUAUACUGCAGAAUUCAUAGAUAAGGUGGACAUUUUGUUUGAUUGUUUCAAUAGUUCAUCCAUUUAUAAUUAUAAAGAUGCCCUUACUGCCAUUACUUCAAAUUCAUGUCAUAUGAAAAUCAUAAAAGAGACUAAAGAUUACUUGUCAUUAAAGGUCUGUGCUCCACCUCAUGUACGCAUUCACUGUGUAAAUGGCUGGCUCAUCAACUUGACAGCACUUGAUGCUCUGUGGCAAGAUCUGCAGAGUUAUCAAGUAAAGUACCUCCUCACUUGGCGAUUAAAUCAGGACUGUCUUGAAAAUCUGUUUGCCAGACUGAGGGUUAGAUUUGGGAACUGUGACCAUCCCACUGCCUACAAUUUUAUGAAGGGCCUUAAGUUAGUAAUAACCAAUUAUUAUUCACAAGUUCCCCAGACAAGUAACUGUGAGGCGGAUGAGUCAUACUUCCUUGACGUAACCUCAAAUUGUGAUGCAGAUUUGCCCCCUUCAGAUACUGACUCGGACAAUGAGGAGUCAGUAGCAAGCAUGCCACCUGCUGAGGUCAAUGCUUUGUUUUAUGUAGUUGGCUGGACUUGUAAAAAUUUUUUGAAAAAACAUAAUUGUCAACUUUGCAGGGAACAUCUGUUGGAUGUAAAACAACAACUUGACAACAGAAAUUUAUUUUGUUAUUUUAAAGGCUUUUCUAACAAUCCAGAUAUUCCAUUUGGGGGACUCUCUGUGCCCAGUGAUAGUGUUUGUAAACACUUUCAUGAAGUUGAAGCCGUUCUCCAGGCAACACUGGAGAAUGCAAUGUUGGGCACUAGAGUCUCCCAAAUGCUCUUGUCUAAAUUAAAUAAUCAUGAAUUUCUAAGUCCUCUGCACCUUUGUUCCACCCAGCUAACUGAAAACGUUCACCUCAUCUACAUAAAAUUAAGGAUAUACUACAAACUAAAAUGGAGGAAUAGGGAGCAGACCCAUCCCAAAAAGAAAAAAAAUAGGAAAUUAAUUAAAUUGCAGCAUUAGUAAUAAUAAUAAUUAGGGAUAUAAAUUUACUCAUGAUAUUUAUAAUUUUACCUCGUCAAAUCACCCUCUGCCACGUGAGCAUUCCACAUGAGAUAUCGCUGCCGCUCACCAGCUGUCAGCUGUCAGUUGCUGGUACGUUCUCGUGCUGUUCGGAUGUUUCUUCACCGUGUUCAGCGUGUGAUUCACCGGAUUCGCCAAUUCUCCCGCAGGUCGGCAGCCAUGUCUGGUUCGGAGCACCGCGCAGCCCUUCCACCUGAGGUUCCCUGCUAUAGGAAUAGUAGGAGGAGUACCACCAGAUCUCCAAGGGAUGGAGUGAGGGCAGUUUCCCGUGCUAGUAGUGGUAGCUCCAGUGAAUCCCCGGCGAGGCGGCAGGCGGAUCAAGGUCGCCGCCACAGUGGAAACAAAUCACGUCGGCGCAUGGAACAUGCUCGGCCCCGGGCAUCCCCUACACGGGAAGGUUUGCCUGUACCUUCCUGGCAAGUGGUGUUGGACGAAUUGGCACGCUUGAAAGGUGAUGUUGCAAAACUGACUGCCAGCAGGGCUCCUUCUCCACAACUUCAACGAGUGAAUUUCCAGGCGAGCACUUCAGGACAACAGCCACCAGUUUCGCCCGCUGCUUUUUCGGGCUUUGUGGACUCCAGUAGUGAGGACGGGGAGGUUAAGGAGUUUUCUCCGGGCAGCAGUGUUUUGCUGCAGGCUGCCAAGGCUUUCGGGUCCCUUGACAGUGCCUCAGAGGAUAUUGACCCGCAGGUGGCUGCUAUGGUUAACUUCUGCUUUGAUAAAGGUCUGCAGGAGGAGGACUACAAGGCGAUUGCGGAGGACCCGGUCACCAGGCGUCCUAACAAUUGUCCUGCACUUGCACCAGUGGAAUGCAACCCACAGAUCUUGGGAGCCUUGAAGACGGACGCAAGGAAAGCCGACUCCCGACUGAAGGAAGUGCCUGCAGAAGUUGAAAGCAGAAGGAGCGAGAGUGUGGAUGGUUGUUCCCCUGUGGCUAUCACAACCAUGGAUGGGCACAUUGCUCGGGAUGCUCAUCGAUUACCCUCGCCUCAUUACGCAGAAGAAAGUGGUGCUCGUACACCCGUCAUCAGGGGAGGAGCACCCGAUCAUGCGCCACACACAACUGAUGGCGUGCUUACUUUCAGGGAGCAAUUGCGAGAACGAGGAAUUUCUGAGGCGGGUACAGACAUCAUCUUGGCCUCUUGGAAACCAGGUACCGAGAAACAAUACCGACUGCACCUUAAGAGAUGGACACAAUUUUGUGAUAAAUGGAACGUUAGUCCCUUUAAUCCCACUGUCUCAAACAUUAUAAAUUUUUUGUCUCAAACUUUCAACAGGAAUGUGGGUUAUGAAACCAUCAACACGGCAAGAAGUGCUCUCUCGUCAUUAGGCAUUGUGGUGAAUGGCUGCAGAGCAGGUAAUCACCCCUUGGUCCUCAGGUUCAUGAAAGAAGUAUUUAAUUUGCGACCACCUUUACCUAGAUACACGGAAACAUGGGACGUUCAACCAGUUCUGAGGGAAUUGAAAUCUAUGUACCCUUUGCAUACACUAACCCUUAGGGAUUUGACAUUUAAACUUGUUAUGUUAAUGGCACUGACCCAAGCUGCAAGAGUUCAAACUUUACAUCUUUUGGUUAACAAUGGCAUUCGCAUAGAACAAGAUUCUAUUUCAGUUCAGUUAAGGGGUAACGUUAAGCAGUGCAGGCCCACGUUUAAUGUCCGUUCAGUUAAGUUUCAAGCCUAUUCCAGGGACACUAGUUUAUGUGUAUGUGUUAUAUUACAGCAUUACCUUGCAAGAACGGAGGAGCUCAGACGGGAGCUUUCCCAAGAUGAUGAUGGAUUACUCCUCAGCUACGUUAGGCCACACAAGUCUGUCACUAAGGACACCAUUGCCCGGUGGGUUAAGGCAAUGCUUCAAAGGUCGGGAGUAGACACAACCAAGUUUACAGCGGUUAGUGUUAGGUCAGCGGCAGUAUCAAAGGCCAAGGCUAUGUCAGUACCUAUUGCAUCUAUUAUGUCUAAAGCAGGAUGGACACAGGAAAGUACAUUUGCAAAAUUUUAUGACAAGCACAUUGUGCCAGAAGUGGACCCGUUUCAGGAGGCCGUGCUUGUGUAGCUCCUGUAACACUUUUUUGGUACUGUUCUUUACUUACUUUGGGAUGCCAUAUGGUUAGGACACAGUGUGGAUGUGGACAGGGACUCACUGCCAUUAUGCAGGGUUAUGCAUAUGUGAAUUAUAUUUUGGGUUUGGUUAUUAUGCAUUAUAUGCAACGUUGGGGAAAGGUUAUGCUGUUAGGGCAAUUAUGUAUCAUGUGAUCUAUCCACCUAUAUGUUCAAUGAAGAUUACAGUUGUGACAUCAUAGUUUUAUGAUCCCUUCCUACAGUUCUUAGGUGGGGUCAAUUGGUAUAGGCACGACACCCACAUGGCUUUAAAGCCUCAUGUGGAAUGCUCCACGUGGCAGAGGGUGAUUUGACGAGGUAAAAUUAAAAAGUAUACGAGACUUACCUCCGGUUAGUUGAAGUAUGCUUGGAAUUUUAUGAGUCAAAUCACCUCUGCCGUAGUGGAGAUUUCACAUGCCCUCCACUUCCCACCCUUUUGUUUUUAAUUGAUGUACUUAUGAUCAGUUUUUGUUAGUUAGUGUCAUGUGGGUGUUCGUUACUACAAAGUCUGACAGCUGGUGAGCGGCAGCGAUAUCUCAUGUGAAAUCUCCACUACGGCAGAGGUGAUUUGACUCAUAAAAUUCCAAGCAUACUUCAACUAACCGGAGGUAAGUCUCGUAUACUUUUUAAGUUUCUUUUACAGCAUAAUAUUUCAGUCUUCAGGAUUGAUAGUGUGCAUGAUUGUAACAGAAUGGUGUGCAUGUACGCCAGCUGGGGAUGGGUUUUUGUGCCUUAUGUUUUCUUCAAGUGAUUUUUUUCUAGCUUAAUGCAUCAAUGCUUUUUCAUUGUCUAUUGCAACAUAAUAAUCAUAUAUUGCCUGCUUUGCCUAUCUCUGAAGCUGAAAAUCUAUCCUGCAUGUGAGGUCUGCUCCGUAAUUUCUUGCAGCAUGUUGAACAAAUGUUUUUGGUAUUAAUUGGUAUAAUAAAUUUAUUAAUUGAUUUUGAUGGUAUUUUGUUUUCAGAAAUUAUCACAAUGCCACCACUCUUUGGAUGUUUGCCAUUAUUUGGUAUUGCUUUUGUUAUGCCAAGUAAUUUUUUCCAUAUACUUUGCUAAAUAUUGCAAAUAAUGUUGGUUUUGCCUGUUACAAAUCAGAUCUUGUUCAGUUAACAAGCUUUAGAUGUCUGCCACUUUCUUUCCAGUUGUAAUGCAAGGAAUUAUUUAUCUGCCCUGCCAGAUAUUGCAUGUAACGCACCAUUGCUGGUUUUGCCUGUUAUAAAUCAGAUCUUGUUCAUUUAACAAGCUUUGGAUGUCUGCCACUUUCUUUCCAAUUGUAAUGCAAGGAAUUAUUUAUCUGCCCUGCCAGAUAUUGCAUGUAAUGCACCAUUGUUGGUUUUGCCUGUUAUAAAUCAGAUCUUGUUCAGUUAAACAAGCUUUGGAUGUCUGCCACUUUCUUUCCAGUUGUAAUGCAAGGAAUUAUUUUUCUGCCCUGCCAGAUAUUGCAUGUAACGCACCAUUGUUGGUUUUGCCUGGUAUAAAUCAGAUCUUGUUCAGCUCACAAGCUUUGGAUGUCUGCCAUUGUUUAUUUCAGGUGUAAUGCUUGGAAACUUUUGUUCUCUGCCCUGCCAAACAGUAUGCAAUGCUUUAUUGUGGAUUUUGCCUGUUAUAAUCUAUCUUGUUCAGGUAACAAGCUUUUGGUGUCUGCCUUACCUAAUAUGUGCUGCAGUGACACUUGGCUGGGUUUCAUGCGAAAUACAGCAUAUAAUUUCAUCACAUGGCUGGCAUCAUUGAUGUGGCGUCCAGGAGUAAUCUUGUUUGUACUAUAGCAUGUUAUGAUUAUUUCUGCUUUAUAUGAUA